CGUAAUUAAUCUUUUGUCGCAACAGUUAACGAACCGCGAGUCAGAGGUCCGUCUCCGUAGCGACGUUGACACCACGUGACCUCAGCGCGAGACAUUUACCGAAGUUUAGUCAAAUGAAUGGUUAAUAAUUGGAAAUUAGAAAGUGUAUCAUAAGUUGACUAUUUCUUUGUGGAGUUUCUUCUAAAAGACAUGCAACGGUAAAAAAAUAGCCAUGACUACAACAACUUUACCGAGGAUCGCCUCGUCGAGGACCCCAUUACCUACGGGGAUCACACAGCCUCCACCACGAUCACAUUCCUCCGCGUCAAUGUACACGGCAUAUCCACCUAAAGACCUUUCUAGUUCAUUGGAUUAUUUGCGUAUACCAGGACGGAUUAAUCCUUUAGCACCUCCACCGCCGCGUCGUAGAAUUAAUUGGAGUUGGGAAACAACUGACCAACAUUAUGAAAAUGAAAAAAGAAGUUUAUUAAUGCAAAAAAGAGAACAUACUAGAUACCAUUCAGCCUGGUCAAAAGCUUUUUACGGAGCACCUGCAGAAAAAGAAGCAUACAGACGUCAUUUUCGGGAGGUAUUAAAGCAACAGAUGUCUGACAAAAACAAAAUGGAGAAGAUCGAGUUCCAAGAAAAGAUAAAGGAAACCGAGCAGGCUAUCAAUUACGAUAGAGACUGCAGGAUGAAUGAUGCGCAGGAAUAUCACCGGAAACACUCGUACCUAAUGCAGUAUAGGGACACAAAUAAACAGCAAAUGGAAGAUAGAUGGGCGAAUACAAAAUAUAGCAGAGAAUUAGAAAACAGAAUAGAUCGCGAGAGACUUAGAUAUAAUCCUAUCAAUUGGAGCUGUUCCCUAAAAUAGUCAUGUUUCUAGUUCAACCGAAAUAUCCCUUCCUGUUCAACAUAGUCUUCAAUGAAGAAAGUAUUUACGCAUACUGUGCGUGUAGAAUCCGACCACAUUGUCACUGAAUUGUUGCUCAUAAAAAUCAUAAGUGGAUGUUUGAAAGUAUUGACUGCCGCAAGAGUUUAUAUUUCAUUAGUGCAGAAACCGACGGAAGUUUUUGCCGUUUCUUUCACCAGUUCACAGAGAAGAUAUUUAUUUCAUUGAAAAUGCUCAUAUAGUGAUUAUUGAUUGCCUUUCAAGUUAAACAUUAUGAAAGCUCCCUGUUUAGAAUAAAUUGAUGUCUGGAAUUAUUCAUAAAGAAUUGUUUAUUUACCACCGUUCUCGGAAAAAAUUAAUAAUGAACAUGUACAUGUUAUAUUGUUAAGAUUCUAUAGCCAUUGACUCUCAAUUUCAGUGUCGUAAAACUGCUCUCUAUGCUACCCUGUGUAAAAAAUAUAUACAUAUACAUGUAGUAUGUGUAAUGGUAACUUAACUUCACUGCUUUUGUAAAAGUUACUCAAUAAUUGGCAGAAUAGAUUUCUAUAGUUUAUAUAAUCAUAUAUAUUUUUCUUUGCUCAAUUUGUCUUAUCUGAAUGUCACAAAUUAUUUUUACACAAAUGAAUACUUUAUAUUUCAAAUCCAUCAUUCAAUUUUCUUGUUGAGAAGUUGUUACCAUCUAUUUUUUUAUGAAAUGAGAAAUUAAAAAAAAAACCAUCAAACCCUGAAAAUACAUGAAACCCUUAAACUUAUGACGCUGAAGGGCUUAAACUAGAAUUAUAAUUACCAACAAAUGCCCCCACUUAUUAUAGAGCCCAGCAAGACCUAACAUUUGUCGAGUCUGUGCAACCUUAUCACUGUUGGUUGCUUUGCUUUGGUAUUUUGAAAUUGAAAUCCCUUAAUUUACUAACGGACAAUGAUAAUGAUACUAUAGCCUUUUACCCAAAUUUCGCAUUAUAUUGCAACACCAAGAGAGCAAUUUAUUGCCCAAUUUAUAUAAACGAAUGAAAAGAAAUGGCACUACAUUUUGCUCAUUAAUUUAGAUACUAGUACAAUGGCAGCGUAGACGCUUAUACGAAAAUUUCAGUUGCUUUGCUUUUUCUGAAUAUUCCAUACUAUAGCUAGCACAUUUGAAUGAGAGUUUUUAUAGACAACUGGUUAAAGUUGUUGCUUUCGAAUCACUUGCCCUCACCUUUGUUGGUUUCAAAGCCUUCAAUAAUACAAUAUACAGAAACUUUCCAGCUAAAAACAGAAGGUAGUGAGGUGUCCACCACCUCAGAUGCAUUGUCCCAUGCCCGGAAUAAUACACAGAAGGGGCACCUGAAGUCUUCCUUUGUGGAAAGUAAAGAAAUUUAAAAAAAAGAUACUGUAAAUUCGCUGUGUUUGUGUGACUUGUGAAUCACAGGGGGAAAAUAUUGUUUUCGUAAAAAUAAUAGAGGACAUUUUAAAUUUAGGUAUAGUUUUAUUGCAUAUGUAGAAACAUUUGAGUAACGUUUUUUUAUGCUGCAAAUUGUAUAAGAUAUUAAGUUGACUAAAGAUCACUUGGUUUUACUAUUACAAAACUUUGCUUUUAUCCAAAGUCAUGAAAGUUGAAAGAAAUCUAGACUUUCAUGACAAAGUGCCAAACUUUUUUCCAGUGCCAACAGUGGUUUAGAAAUGAUAUGGUUUUCAAUUUUUAGACUCCAUUGUUAAAGGCUAUGUACAUGUAUGCAAAACUUAUAUUAAAUAUAAAAGCUACAUAAUAUUUCUUGCACUACUAGCAUGUACGUUAACUUUAGUUUUAGAAAAAGUAGUAUUUGAACAUACUCUGUUUGUUCUAUAUGAUUAGAAUACCUCGGUUUAUGUUAAGCAUUUAUCAUUUAUUGCUCACUUCAUUUACAAAUGUUCAAUAAAGAUAAUUUAAACUUUAAGACUUAAAAUAUACAAGUAAAAAAUUGAAUGUAUUUUUUUAACUAAAAGUUGUAUUCAUGUUUUUUUUCAGCAAUCAUUAGAAGCAUAUGAUAGUAUCUGUAUUGUCAUCAAAUCAUAAAUAAGUUAUUCUUGCAGCUUGUUAUAAAUGCACCAACUUUUCAGUAUUAUUUAAAGCACAUUAUCUGAUGUAAGAAAGGUAACUCUAGCACGAGUGGAUUUUUGUCUGGCAAGGAUUGUGUCCCUUUAGCAUACUCUUCAAGUUUUAUAGCAACUGUUAUAUAUAAUCUCUUACUAUGAAUUAUAUGACCAAAUGGUGAAACACAAUUCACUUUUGGCCUAUUUAAUAUGCUCUUUUUGCUCAUUGUUUAAGUUUUGUUUUCAUAUUUUAGUUUGAAUGAGGACUUGUUUGUAUAGUGAAAAAUUUUAAGGAUAUAUGUUAUGCAUCAGAUAUAAAUGUAUUGCUGUUUGUUUUUUCUUUCAAUUUUAUUUGUCUACAUGAGUUGAUUUUUUUAUAACCUUGUUAAAUUGUAAACCUUCUGUGAUCUAUUGUUUUGUGUGUGGACUUCAUAACUAUUUAUACAAAAAUUGUUAAAUAAAAGGUGUUACUUCAAA